AUGCAAACGACCCUGGAUGAGGAGGAGGAGGACGACUUCACGGACAUUCCGCAGCACAUCCGUGUGAACCCUGGCUACAUUGUUACCAUGCAGGGCUUUCUCACCGUCUUGGAGACCGUGGGAGCCGCGUGCGUGCUGGUACUGUACGUACUGGCGGCGGGUUCCGUGAUCGUCCAGUGGUACCCUCACGUGUGUUUCCUGGUAGCCUUCACGUACUGCCUCAACAACAUGCUCAUCGUCAUCGCCGGAAUCUCUUCGCCCUCCACCCAAUUCCAUCUGCCACAGACCACCUUUUACUUGCUGUACCACUAUGUGGCCGGAUUUAUCUACAUGUUAAGCGGUGUGCUCCUGCACCACUCGAAAAGCGGGAUGAAGUACAGCGAUGCCUCGGCGUUCACCUCCGUUGCACUUGGCCUCGUUCACGCUUUCCACAGUCUCGUCAAUUCCUUUAGAUGAUCGAAGCUGACCACUGCUCCGCGUCUCGUCCACG